AUGAAUCUCCAUCACAAACUCCUUCAACUUCCUCAAAUCACUGAACUUGAUCUUGCUGUUUCCGUAAGUGACAACAAAACCAUUACUGAGAUUUCCUCAAACAUCAUAAAAGCUGAAACUUGGCUAAAAACCCAUGUCCUCUCUCGUUACCCAUCCACCAAAAUCACCACCAUUGUUGUCUUUUUCCCUGAUUCUUGCCAAACCAAACCCAUCUUUGAUCUUGCUCUGUCUUCUAUGAAGAACCUACACCAUUCUCUUACAAGAUGGGGUCUUGAGAAGAACAUCAAAGUCUCCUCUGGCUUCUCUUACAAAUGCUUAAACAACAACUCAGAAAUGUUCAAGCCUGUUUUUAUCUUCCUCAAAGCAAUAAACUCCACUUUCACCAUAAACCCACCUCUAGAUUUCCUCUCUUCACCUCAUAAUCAUCUUGAUUUGCUUCAAUCCGUGGAAAAGCUCGGAUCUUUAAGCUUCAACAAGGUCAAUUUCUUAAACCCUGAAGCUACAACGACGAUGACAAGAAGAAGCUUAAGAUCUUUAGUCAAUUUCCCAAUUUUACCCUCUCCAUCACCGGAAAACUCACCGGUUCACUCCUCAAUCGGAUUUUCAUCACCACCCACAAACCCUAAUCCCCCAAUUUCACAACCUCCGAUUUCCUCCCCUUUCCCAUUUCCGCCGGAGUUAUCACCUCUUUCCGAUCCAAGUCUCUCUCUUCCGCCGUGUCUUCCUCCUUCUCCGACGCCGUCACCGGCUCCGGCGAAGAAGAAAGACGUGGAAGGGUUAUGGUGCGUGGCGAAACCGAGCGUAGCGGCGGAGACGUUGCAACAGUCUCUGGAUUUUGCGUGUGGACAAGGAGGAGCUAAUUGCGAUGAGAUUAAACCUCAUGGGAUAUGUUUCUAUCCAGACACAGUCAUGGCUCAUGCCUCUUAUGCUUUCAAUAGUUACUGGCAAAAGACUAAACGAAACGGAGGCACUUGCUCUUUCGGUGGUACCGCAAUGCUUAUUACAACUGAUCCAAGUUAUCAGCAUUGCAGGUUUGCGAUGAGUUGA